AUGGAUGAUGGACUCAGAGACCGCCCGGGUGCAACUUCUCGCUUUUUUCAUUCGUUUGAAGUGGUGAGUUUAUCUUUGUUUUUUUGAAUAUUUCAUAAUAAAUAUUUAUUUUUCUAGAAGUAUCAAUAUUAUUUGGAUCGUCUCACUCCACAUACAGCUGUUCGAUGGGUAAUUGCCUUGUUGUCUCUCGUAUUCUUCGCGUCAAGAAUUGUCUAUCUUCAGGUAGUUGUAUUUUUCGAAAAACUUGAGUCAUUAUUCGUUUUCAGGGAUUCUACAUCGUUGCUUAUGCCGUUGGAAUUUACUAUCUCAAUUUAUUCCUUCUUUUCCUUACACCUUCAAUUGAUCCAGCACUAGAGUUUGAUGUAAGUUCACAAAUUUUUCUGAAUUUUCAUUUGAAAUUUGCAUUUCUUAGGACGAUGAUGAGGAUGGUCCAGUUUUACCAUCAAAGACUAAUGAUGAAUUUAGACCAUUCAUGCGACGACUUCCAGAAUUCAAAUUCUGGUGAGUUGUUUACUCGUUUUUCCAAAUGAUUAUGUAAAAAACUAUUAAAAUGUGUUUUUUCAGGCAUUCUUUCAUGAAAGCUACAGUGAUCUCAACAACUUGCACAUUCUUUGACUUUUUCGAUGUUCCUGUUUUCUGGCCAAUUCUUGUUAUGUAUUUCUUCAUUCUUACUUUCCUCACAAUGAAAAGACAAAUUAUGGUGAGUAUAUUUUUAUUAUUUGGAUAUAAUUCUUGCCUAGCAACGUAUUGAUUUUACAUAUUUUUUGACAAGAAAGAAGAAAUGUAAAUAGGAUUAUAUGAAUAGACAAUUGGAAUAUUCAAUAUUAAAUGUGUGAAACAAUAUAUAUUUUCUUUCAGCAUAUGAUUAAAUAUCGUUAUAUUCCAUUCACUGUUGGAAAACCACGAAUGGCCGGAAAAGAAGAUACUGGAAAAGUUGUUGUCGGAUAG